AUGAUGAUUGAGCCUUUGGUAGAAGGAAGAGAUACAUUUCUUCAUGGAUUGCAUCAAGGUGUCACUGCUCUUCCACUGAAGGGUUGGCCACUGACUGGAAUCGAUCAAUUACGACCAAGUUUAGGUUUGCAAGUACAAAAGCCCAAUCUGCAGACUCAGAAUCCGUUUCUUUUGGCAACACAACAGCAGCAGGACUUAGCGCAAGCCCAGGCACAAGGCAACAUUGGAACUUCAUCCAACUAUGGGUUAUGUGGAUUACCAAGGGGUAAUUUGAAUGCAAAAGAUGGUCAGACCACCAGAAAUGAUGGAUCUAUAUGCUCCCCAUUGCAAUCAAAUUCGCCUAAGGUACGAUUAUCUUCCAAAUAUCACAGAGGCGUUGUCUUUUGUGUGCACACAUUUAUGGCAUGCUGA